CACUGAGCCACCUAGUCAGUUGUGUCCGACCCAUCUCAACCCCAUGGACAACUUUCUUCCAGGCCUUUCUGUCCUCUACCAUCCCCUGGAGAACAUUUAAGCUCACGCCUGCUGCUUCAGUGACUCCAUCCAGCCACCUCGUUCUCUGUCGUCCUGUUCUUCUUUUGCCCUCAAUCUUUCCCAGCAUUAGGCUCUUCUCCAGUUAUCGUGGCCAAGUUGUGCCAAAAGGAAAUGCUUGGAAACGAAUCAUUGUGCAUCUGGACUUGGACUGUUUUUAUGCCCAGGUAGAAAUGAUCUGCGAUCCUGAAUUAAGAAGCAAACCUUUAGGUGUGCAGCAGAAAUAUCUGGUAGUCACCUGCAAUUAUGAAGCCAGGAAUCUUGGUGUGAAAAAACUCAUGGGGGUGAAAGAAGCGAAAGAAAAAUGUCCGGAUCUGGUGCUAGUUAAUGGAGAGGAUCUGACUAAAUACAGGGAAUUCUCUUACAGGGUUACAGAAUUGUUAAAAACAUUUACUCCACUGGUAGAGAGGCUCGGAUUUGAUGAGAAUUUUGUGGAUAUCACUGAAUUGGUCGAAAAAAGACUGAUAGAGUGGGAAAAAACAACACUUCCUAAAAUCUCUGUUUCUGGUCAUGUAUAUAAUAAUCAGACUGUUGAUUUCCAUGACCCGAUGCAUGUAAGACUGGCUGUGGGAUCUCAGAUUGCAGGGGAGAUGAGAGAUGCCAUGUGCAGCAAGCUAGGGCUCACAGGCUGCGCAGGAGUGGCCACCAAUAAAGUCCUCUCCAAGCUGGUCUCUGGGACCUUUAAACCAAAUCAGCAGACGGUUCUUUUGCCUGAAAACCGGCAGAAUCUGAUGGCCAGCCUCGAUCACAUCAGGAAAAUACCAGGGAUUGGCUUUCAAACAGCAAAGCGCCUCCUGAGUCUUGGGCUCUGCACUGUGCAAGAUCUCCAAGACUGUUCCACUGAGAUUCUGGGAAAAGAACUGGGAAUUCCAGCUGCGCAUCUCAUCCAGAAGCUCAGUUGUGGGGAAGACCAUUCUCCGGUCGUUCCAUCAGGAGCUCCUCAGUCUCUCAGUGAUGAAGACUCCUUUAAAAAGUGUUCUUCUGAAGCAGACGUUAAGAAGAAAAUUGAAGAAUUGCUCACUAAUCUUCUGGAGAGGUUGUACAAAGAUGGCAGAAAGCCCCAUACCAUCAGAUUAACCAUCCGUCAGUAUUCUGCUACCAAUAAAUGGUUUAAUCGAGAGAGCCGUCAAUGUCCAGUUCCAUCUCACUUGGUCAAGAGGAUCGGUUCAGGAGACACCAGUGUUAAGGCUCACCUCGUUUCCAUUCUUAUGAAACUGUUUCGAAAGAUGAUCAAUGUUGAAGUUCCAUUUCACCUGACCUUACUGAACAUCUGCUUUUCCAAUCUUAAGGACCCACCAGCAUCUUCCAAGGAGUCUAUUCAAUUUUAUUUAAGUCAGUCGUCACCUUCUUUAAGCUCUGGCAAAGUUUUUCACACAACAGAAGACAGAAACUCCGAAAACACGAGGAUGGAACAUCAAGGGGAAGACAGUGAUGUUUUAUCAGGAGAGAGAAGAUGUGUCCAAUCUCAGCUCCACACUCCUUGUCUGCCUACAGCAAGUGAUCUUCAAUGCCCAAGUUCAUUACUUCCUGCUGGAAUAGAUUACGAUGUGUUCAACCAGCUUCCAAGUGACAUUAAGGAGGAAAUAAUCUCUAGCCAAAAGGUUAGGAAUUCCACAGAAACUGGAGUGUCUGAACUAGGGGCAAAACCACUGUGCCAUCCGAAAGCCAAAAUAAGCUCCAUUUCCUUACAUUCUGGAGACCUUGGUCAAAGUACUAGAACUCUAGCAUCUUCUGGCAUCGCACCCACAAAUGAAGAACCCCCACUAGAAAGGCAAAACCCCCACGGAGAAGGCUCUUCCCAAAAUCAUUCGAGCCAAGGAUCAAAAGUGGACCUUCCUCCUUCUGUAGACCCCAAAAUGUUUUCUGAACUGCCUGCAGAGAUGCAGAAAGAACUGUUGACCGAAUGGAAGAGUCAAAAGUAUGUUUCCAAAAUGCACGUCAGCAAAAUUGUGACGCUUAAAGGAACCAAGAAAGGACAGGCGUCAUCUCCAGGGUCAAAUAGUUUACUACGCUAUUUCAAACCAAGAUGACUAUAAUUUGGUGGAAGAGACCACGCUUGCAGAUGAAUUAUGUAUCUGGAGAUAGAGCCUAUUCUAAUCUAGGGUUCCUGAGACAGUAAAAAACACACGAUUAGUCCCAAAAACCUUCUUUUUAUUUCAACGGCUGUGAAUUCUGUUCAUUCACAGCCCGUAAUGAGUCACAAAUAUUUUGUAAAGAGUCCGACAGAAGUCUGCCAUAGUCCUUUGGGAUAAGGCUGAUAAGCACUCACCUUUAUCUCCCUUGACACACCUGCCAAAGAUCUAAUUGGCAAUUAGCUUUGCAAGGCCACACGGAGCACAGAGUCAAAACGGAGCUUCAGAACUUAAAUCAACCAGAACGAACAAAGUUGCUUCCUACAAAGGCUCACGUGCCUUUGCUCCUCCUUUAUGUCUUAUGGGAGGAGCCAAUGAUCUCCAAGCCCUACUCCCAAGUCGCCCCUUUUGUCUUAACUGUUCUUGCCUUCUGGCAGCUCUGCGCAUGCGCAAACUGGGAACAGGCUCCCCCUGUUCCUCUGCCUUGCUGAUGUCCGACUCUGGAGGCUCCGGAGGCAUCACAUAACUCCCAGAUAGCCCUGGCCCCAUCUUUGCCUCUUACGCAGAGCCCUCGCCCGAGCCUUCCCCAGACUCCAGGACUGGCCCAUGUUCCUCCCCAACCUCCUCACUGUCCGACUCUGCUGCCAGCUUCGCAGGACGCUGGCAGAUCACAACAGAGCCUUCCUUCAGCCAAAGAUGGCUAAGGUAAUACUGUUUAAGAAAAUGAAGGAAAUUUCUUUUUAAUGCAUCCGUAUAAUUUCCUCUCCAGAUAUUGUAUUUCCCAAGAAUAGCUAUCCAGGAUACCUUAAAAUCAAUUUGGCUGGGAAAUUUGACAAUUGUAAAUGUAUCAGAGUGGGAAAGCGAAGUUCAUACGUGCACAUAUUUGCAAAUGAAACAGACCUCCCAUACAAUUUUGACACAUAGGUUCCUGAGCAUGAAAAUGGUUUACUACCUAAAAAUAAACGUCCCUUAAAAAUUUGAAGAAUAUGUAGAGGCAAAGGAAAGGAUGUCGAAAUACAAAGCUGUUGCAAUAA